AUGAAGGUUUUAGCACUUGCAGCAGCCCUCGUAGCAUCGCUAUAUGUCUCCACGGUCAAAGCCAGCGAGCCAGUAAUCGCCCUUGAUCCUGACAAUUUCGACGAUUAUGUUGGAGGAAAAGAUGCCCUCGUAGAGUUCUAUGCACCUUGGUGUGGACAUUGCAAGAACCUGGCACCAACGUAUGAUCAACUGGGUGAAGCCUAUGCACCCUUUAAAGACUCUGUUGUCAUAGCAAAAGUCGACGCAGACGCUCAUAAAUCAUUGGGCCAGAAAUACGGAGUGAAUGGUUUCCCAACCAUCAAGUGGUUUCCUAAAGGUGUUUCGUCGCCUGAAGAUUAUAGCGGUGGACGAAGUCUCGAGGAUUUCAUAACCUUUAUUGGUCAAAAGACUGGAUUGAAGCCAAAGAUAAAGGCUCCUCAAACAUCCGUCACUGUCCUUACCAGUGGCAACUUUAAUGAAUUCGUCGGCACUCAGAACAAGAACGUGCUUGUGGAAUUCUACGCACCAUGGUGCGGACAUUGUAAGACAUUGGCUCCCAUUUAUGAAAAGGUGGCCAAAGAUUUCGCACAAGAAAAGGAUUGUGUUGUUGCUAAUGUGGAUGCUACUGCGUCUGCUGAUUUGGCUGAAAAGUAUGGAGUCACUGGAUAUCCAACAAUUAAAUUCUUCCCUAAAGGAUCCAGUGAAGCAACCGAGUACAAUGGUGGUAGGACUGAAGAAGACUUUUUGACCUUUUUGAACGACAAGUGCGGGACUCAAAGGACUGCCGGUGGUGGAUUGUCUGACUCUGUUGGAAGAGUAUCCGGUCUGAAUGAGUUGGUCAAGAAAUUCAUCUCAAGCAAAGAAACCCGUGAAUCAGUAAUUGAAGAAGUUAAAACAGCAGCCGGUAAACUCACUGGUGCUGUUAAAGACCAUGCAGCAUACUAUGUAAAAACAAUGGAGAAGGUCGUCAAGUCAGGAGAGAAACAUAUCGAGACUGAAUAUAAGAGGCUCGAGAAACUCGCCAAAUCGGCUGUGGCCGAACAAGCUGACUCGUUUUCUAUUCGUAAAAACAUUUUGAGUCAUUUCAAGAGUGGUGGGGCUGAGAAGGAGGAGUUGUAG